AAGAAACGAGCAGCAGCAGGCACUUUGCUGGCUCCGGGCUCCCUCUGGAGAAAUUUUAUAUUGUUUAUAUCUGUUUUUGUAGAAAUUUGAUAGCGCGUUUCCUAGAAUAUUUUAAUACUUUGAUACGCUGGUUUGGACAUUUUCUAACAACGAAGGCUUGCAAGAAUUGGCCGUAGCUUGCUAGCUUGCAAACAGAUUUUUUUUUCCUUUCCUUUCGACAAAGGCUUCUGAUGAGCCAGCAGAGGCACUGAAAAUAAAAAAAACAGUGUUUUUUUUAGUCGUCCAGUGUAGUAAUAUCCGAUGUACUGUCUUCCCCGCAUUUAAAAGCGACUGGGUCUUUGCAAUUUGCAAAGCUGACGUUAAACUGUGAAGAGAGUUUUGCUAACGGUAACGGCAGCUCCUCAGGAAAGAAUGACGGCUGUUCAGCUGAUAAAUAUCCAACGGUUACUAGAAGCAGCGGAAUACCUAGAGAGGAGAGAAAGGGAGUGUGAACACGGAUAUGCCUCGACGUUCCCGUCAAAUCAGAACACAAACUACCAGAGGCAGAGAAAAUUCCGAAAUAAGAAGUUCAGCAGUAACCACAAUAGGUCGACACACAAUGAGUUGGAAAAGAAUAGACGAGCUCACCUGCGGCUGUGUCUGGAGCGGUUGAAGGCCCUCAUACCCCUGGGGCCCGACUGCAACCGCCACACCACCCUGGGCCUGCUCAACAAAGCCAAAGCACACAUAAAGAAACUUGAAGAGGUGGAGAGGAAGAGCCAGUACCAGCUCGAGUCUCUGGAGCGCGAGCAGAGGCACCUUCAGCGUCAGCUGGAGCUGCUGAGAGGAGGCAGUGGGUCUGCAGCCCCGAGCAGCCUGGGGGAGGGAGAGAGGAUACGCAUGGACAGUGUUGGCUCCACCCUCUGCUCCGACCGCUCCGACUCUGACCAAGAAGAGAUUGAGGUGGACGUGGAAAGCACCGAGUUCUCCCAUGGAGAGCUGGACAGCGUGAGCACGGCCAGCACCAGCGACCUGGACGACCACAGCAGCCUGCAGAGCAUGGCCAGCGACGAGGGCUACUCCUCCUGCAGCGUCAAACUUGCCUUCUCCUCCUAGAGCCCCGCGCCGCCCGCCGCCACCACCACCACCGCCGCCACCUCCUCCCUGCCAAACCGGCCUGCAGUCCCACCCGUUCCUCCAUCCAGCCAUGCCUACGAAAACAUCCACCCGGUCACCUUCCGACCCAGCGACGGCGGCCACGCCCCCCCACAGCUAACGGCGUUCCGCGUCGCUCCGACUUCUCUUCAGCAGCUCCCCGCUCCCGCCUUUAGCCUUUUAGUUUCCGGCCUCGACUCCACGCUGCUGAACCCGCCGUCGGAGGGGAGGGGGCUCCGGUGAGAGCUCUCCUCCGCUGAACGUUGAGCCACCGCGACCAACGCCGAACUCCAGGAACCCAGACGCAGUGACGGGAGAAUGCGAUUUUGCUUUUAGUCGCGUUUUUAAAGGGAGAUCAAAGACUUGGUCAUCGUCGUCGUGACUUUUAAACCCACACAGUUUAUUCAAAGGAAUGGUUGGUUUUAUUAUUUCACUGAACCAUCAAACGUCUGAACUUUUAGAUAUACAGCCCCUGAUUUGACUCGAAAUGCACUUAAAUUCAAAUGUGUUUCUGUUUCGGUUCUCUCUAACGUGGGUGUGUGUUGACGUGCUCCUUUGUCGAUCAUUAUCAGAACAUCCUGCCGUUGAGCCUGGAUAAAUGGGAGCACAUUUAAUCUGAACCAACACUGUGGGGUGAACUUUGCCAUAUCAACACAUCUUGGCCCCGAAUCUCUUCCCUCCGGCCCUGAAUCCAGUCCUGGACUCAUUGUUUUUUUCAUUGCGGAUACUCCAAUUGGUGCUAUUGUGAAACAAACCAACCGACGGGGAAGCAGAUCGGAUCCACCACCACUGCGCUUUUAAAGCAAACAGCGUGCGGCUGUUUCCAACCAAGCAUGGAGGGAAAACGGCCACAGAAAAAGGAAAAGCAGGACUAAAGAAAACAUUCCUGUCGAAUGUGGGUGCUCGGUGCAUUUUCGAAAAGUGGAAAUUGUAACUUUGUGUGUGCGUGUGUUUUGUUUUGGUUUCUUUCCCCACGACAAGCAGCUAUAAACAGCUAUCCUGCACUUGCCUACUUUAGAGCUGUCCAUAGAAAUGGCACAAACCCAGAAGAAAUAAAAAAAAAGAAAAAUUAAAAAAACAGCAACAAGGAAAAAUCCAACAACAACAAACUUUGGAACAGAUGUCCAUCCUCUUUCCAGCAGUAACAAGCAAUAACUCUUGUAGUUGUUUUUGUCUAGUCGGUUUGAUUUCCUCCCAUUUUAUUUCUCUCCCUAAAGACUCGUGUGACCGUCCAAAAAAAAAAAACUAAUUUCUUUUCUUUUUUUCUUUCUUUGUUUUGUAUAUACAAAUAGCUUAACAAGAGAAACUUUAAAAAUCAGUUUAAAAAAAAAAAUGGUAGAGCUCAUGGUAGAUCUAUUUCCUCUGUUGCUGUUCAAGCCUGUGUUUAUUGUGCAUUUUAAAUUAAAAUUUUGGAGAGAAUUUCUACCCUCUUCAUAAUGGCAGUGAAUUACUUUAAAACACUCAUCCUGAUCCUGCCCUGAGAAGGAAAAGAAAAGUUACGCUUGAUUUAAAAAACGACAGCUCCCUAUCCGGCCGCGUCUGAGCGGCCCCGCGAGUUCCUGUCGGAGAACGCAGAUCUGAUUUGGCACUGUUAUAUUUAUUAGACAUUUUUGUUGUUUAUAUUGCUAAUGAACCGGGGUGGACGGGAAAAAUAAAAGCUGCAUACGGCAUUCCACUGGUGGUCAGGUGAUCUGUGGACGAAACAGUUGUAAGAGUGGCGAGAAGAAAACGGGUUGCGUGAUGUCAGUGUUCUCCAUCCCAACUCCACUGGCAUCGAGAAUUGCACUUCAGCCACAGCUCUCUUUAUUUUUUUUCUUUCUUUCCCGUUGUCAUGUCGUCAUCCACCAAUUUGUGUGUGUGUGUGUGUGUGUGUGUGCGCGCGUGUGUGCGUGAAAAGAAACAAAACGCCGCCAUUUUGAAUAUUUAUUUCUCAUUUAUCCCUCAAAGAACACAUAACAGAAGGGGAGAAAAAAAAAGUAACUUAUUUUGGUUCUGUCUUAUUUUACUCCUCUUUUUGAUGCUUAUUCCUCAUUCCUCAUUUUAAGAAAUGUAUAUUUUAUGGGUUAUUGUUAAGUUGUUGUUUUGUUGGGGGGAGGGAGGGGGUGGGGUUAAGAAAAUGUAGCCAUUUUGUUUUUAUUUUUUUCUGAUGUUUUAUUCAAUGGACACUUGAAAUGUAAUGGGCCCCUAAGCUGCUCCUAGUGCUGAGCCUCGCCUGUUUAGAGUCACCGGCCUUGUGCAGAGCUGACUCCCAGCGAUUUAACGCCCAUUUAUAAAACUACUGGGUGCACAUGGAGCCAUCUCCAUCCACGCUGGGGCGAGGCGGCUCUGCACAAGACUCUCGGGUAGCCAAGACUUUACUGGCAAAUACUGAGCCGGCUCCUACACAGUAAAAGGGGUCUAAAAGCUCCGCUUUCCUCUAUUCGGAGGUUUGUAGUCUCUAGCAGACUUGUGUUUUAGUCGACAAAACGUGUCUUAACAUUUACAAAGGCCUCCGACUGAGGAUUUAAAGACAAAACACGUAAGAACAAAUCCUUCGGUUUGUCUGAAGGACACCAGUACGGUGUAGAGUUUGACAUGUCGGCUCUUCGCGCAGCUCUGUUGAGGUCGUUGGACUUGGCACUGAAUCAGACAGCCACCGCUUCGGUGCUCGAUUAUUUAAAGAAGAAAAAAAUAUAUAUAUGCCAAAACCACCUCAGAACACCUCAGUGUCCUCUUUGUCUCUCGCUCUCUUAGGGACAGUUUACAUUUAUUCUGGCCCGUUUAAGUUAUUAACUUCGGUCUUAUCUUUGUCUCUGUUCUCUUCUUCGCAUGUCAAACCUGCGCUGCUGACAGGAGAAAUGAUUUUCACUCCCUGUUUAGACCUGGAUCAGACCCCUGUGCUGUUUAGAGCCGCUCACAGAACACAAUGUUCUUAAUACACUGGGACAAAUCUGAGUGUUGGGACAAAAUGUGAGCAGCCUGAUUUUGUAUUCCAGGAUGAGUCAAACUAACCGUAAGAGUCCAGGUCUGUGCUCUCUCAUGUGAGUGUGCAGUGUUUCGUGUGUCUUCUCCGUGUCCUUACUAAGGCUGAGCUUUAGAAAGGCACCUGGUCCACGACCAGUCUGCAGGGAUCUCGGUGACAGACUCUGAUGCAUAAACUGCAGCUUUAACGUUGCGCUGAAAGCCGGAGCAGACUGGUCCUGGGUCAGCCGACGUUUCUGGCUAAUGCUGCAAAUUUAUUCAUUUGCAUAUCUUCAUAAGCUGGUGAUCACAAACGAUAUUUUUACCUCUGUUUGAAAGGGUUAGACUGUGGUUGACUUUCAGUUUUGCAGCUUUGCCAGAAGUGCACCAGCCUGGUGAAGUGGCACUGGUCUUGUUUUUUCUUUUUCUUGUUUUUUUUUUUGUUUUUUGUUUUUUUUAAACC